AUGAAGCCCGCUACUAUCUUGGGAACCGUCGCUGCCCUUGUCCUGGGAAAUGUAAUGGGCCAGGUAACCAUUACAAUCCCCGGGCUCCCUGACCUGCCAACUAUCUCCAUCCCAACGCUUUCGAUCCCCAACAGUGUCUCUUUCCCCAAUCUUCCAACCAUAUCUAUCCCUACAACGCUCCCGACAUGUCUCCCAAAUCUGCCAACUACGCUCCCAUCAAUCACUUGGCCUACUCUCAUGGCUACCGAGCCUACCGGUGAGCCGGAAAAUGUCAAGAAACCCUCGGUUCAGGGCAGAUUCGAGCGGAUGCAUCCGCGCCAGGUUGCGCGGGCUGACGCUUAG